AUGGAUGAAGCUGAAGUUCUUUACUCUGAUAUUAAGUUCAAAAGAGCGAGAGGAAACACAGAUGUGGCCACACCCUCUACAGAUGAACCCACUUAUUCUGAAGUCAAGAUCUCAAAAGCUCAGCGACCUGCAGAGCUGCCUGCAUCAAGCAGGCGAUCGGGGGUCACAUCGGAGCGAGUGGCCCUGCUGGUCCUCAGUGUUCUCCUGGCAGCUGCCCUCACAGCUCUUGGUGUAACCCUUCAUGAAAAUACUCAAACCAAGAAGCUUCAAGAGGAAUGUGAAGCAAAACAUCUCACAGAUGAAACAUGUCCGAGGUGUGAGGACGGCUGGGAGCCACAUGGAGGAAAGUGCUACUUCUUCUCCUCGGUUACUUCAUCCUGGACUCAGAGUAGAACACAAUGCACAUCAAUGAGAGGAGACCUGGUUGUGAUAAACAACAGAGAGGAGCAGAGAUUCCUGGAGUCUAGAGUGAGAGGGAAAAUGGAAAAUGAUGAGGACAAGUUCUGGAUCGGACUGACAGACGCACAGAAAGAGGGUGAAUGGCUUUGGGUGGACAACACAUCACUGGAUACAAGUUUGAUGUUUUGGCGUGAGGGCCAGCCAGACAACUGGUACAAGGAGAAUCCUGAUGGAGAGAACUGUGUGAGGAUGGGGGAGAAAGACGGAGCCACGUACCUGAAGUCCUGGCUCUCGGACUGGGAGGAGUCGAGCGAGCAUGGCCGGUUAAACCCCUCCCCCCCCGUGGACGAUGCGACGUCUGAUUGGCUGUCACGAUGUUCUAUCAACUGA